CAGCAGAAGUCUACGGAAAUUCCCCGGCAGGUUAACUUUAGCUAGAGAGCAGGCGGAGCGCGCGCACGAGCCGCAGACUGACUGGCUCUCGGCUCCUCAGGAAAGAGAGUGUGUCCCUCAGAUCAGGAAGUAGAAAUCUGUGGUGUGAUCCGUGUGCGUCUGCCGAACUCAUCCGAACCGAAAGCAGCACGGGCGCCCCGCUUCAGUCCGCGGUUUACAGCACAGAUCUUGUAGCCUAUUCAUGUAUGUGACAAACAAAUGGAUGGAUGUCAUGCAGUCUGUUCCUGAAGGGGCAUUUUAUGUAUCUUCAGUCAAAAAAGACGACUUCCGGAUGACACGGCAGCUUUCAGCCUGAAAUAUGUCGUCGUACUGGUACGUCAAAGAGACUGCGGAUCCAGGCGGCAGCACCAGCAGCAUGGAGGAGCAAGCUGGCGUUCCGGCAAUGGGAGCCAAGCAGUCGGUGGUUGGCAGCGUUUCCUUGAAUCAUUCGUCCACUCUGAAGAACAUCCAAGAGGCCUAUACGAACGGCGAGGACCAGAGGGCACGCGAGCUAAUCCGGCUUUGCUGCGAGAAUAACGGCGGCGUGGGACCGGAUGGGGUGCAGCUCCUGUGUUUGGCGGCUCACAACGGUGACUUGGACAGCGUUCGGUUCUUGCUGCAGGAGGCACGAGUUACAGUUCCACAGGAGCCCAGCAAAGAAAACCCUGCCGUCUUAGCAGCACAUCACGGACAUCAGCUGUUGGUCCGAGAGCUGCUGGACUCCAUACCACGUCCGUGUGUCCGUAAGGAUCUGCUGAACUGGAUGUUGGCUACGGCGUGUCAGCAGGGUCAUGUAGAGGUGGUGAAGCUGCUGGUUCACACGUACAAUGCUGACACUGAGGACUGCGCUGUUCAUUCAGGAGAGUUUGCCAUCAUCAGUGGUUUGCCGCUGUACGCCGCGGCUCAGGCAGCAAACAAGGAGGUGGCGUGUUUUCUGCUGGACAAUGGAGCCGGUUUCUCCUCGUACACGCUGAUGGAUCACGCAGACUUCAGCAGGCAGCUGCUCAGACAGCGCCACCUGCAGGACAAAGACGCGCCUGCAGACGGGACGCUGAUGCAGGCUGUGCAUGUUGACUGGUCCGGACUGAAGCUGCCCUGGUUGGAUCUGGACUGGUUCAUGGACGUGUCGUCUCGGAUCACGGUUCUGGAUCUGUCUCGUAACUGUCUGAGCUCGCUGCCGUCUGUGGUGCCCUGGGGUCUGAUUCAUCUGCACUCGCUCAACCUGUGCCACAAUCAGCUGCGAGAGCUGCCCACCCCAACCUCAUCGCAGGAGAUCAUCUGCAGCCGAUUGUCCCAUGUGAAUGUGUGUGAGAAUGAGCUGGAGUGUCUUCCUGUCGGUCUGCUUCAUCUCGGCCAGUUGAAAAGGAUUUAUGCAGCCAGAAACAAACUCAUCAGCCUCUUCAACAUCCCCAACGGCACGAACUGGAUCGGCCUCCGUAAGCUGCAGGAGCUGGACGUGUCCGACAACAGCCUGACGGACCUGCCCUCCUCCAUCCUGCACUGCCUGAAGGCCCUCAGCUCUCUCAACAUCAGCAGAAACAAGCUCGGCAGCUUCCCCGACCCCUGGGCCUGUCCUCUGAAAAUCUGCAAAGCUUCAAACAACCAGAUCGAGUUUCUUCCUGACACUAUCUCCAUCUUCUGGAAGACUCAUCUGAUGGAGGUGGACAUCUCCGAGAACGUCCUGAAGGAGCUGCCCUCGUACAUAUUUGAGCUCGAGGCCAUCGUCUCUCUGAAGUUGUGUGGGAACCAAAUCUCCACUCUGCCCUCUCCAAACAAAUGGAAAUGCUCUUGUCUGCGAACACUAGACCUGUCCAGAAACCAACUGGGGAAGACGGGAGAGCCGACCAAAACCCGGAAGCUGGCCUUCUUGACUACAUGGCACAGACGAGACCCAGAGCCAGGUACAGCACACUCAAACACUGCGGUCACCAGAGAUGCAUUACAAGUAUUACUGCUGCAUGACAACCAGCUGGAGUGUGUGCCUGCCCCGUCAGAGCUGUGUGCUCUAAGAACCUCUCCGAAACUCUAUUUCUGCAGUAAUCCAGGUAUCCAGGAACUUCCUAUUGAGCUCGGGCAGCUCUCUAAUCUCUGGCAGCUGGACAUCGAAGACUUGAACAUCACCAACAUCCCCGCAGACGUCAGUGUGGGGGGUCCGGCUGCGGUUCUGGCGUAUCUGCGAGCGGAGCUGCGGGGAGCAGAGCCCUGCAGGCUGCUGAAGCUGAUGGUGGUGGGUCCUCCGCGGCAGGGCAAGAGCGCUCUGCUGGAGGGACUGCAGACAGGCAAACCCUCAUCCUUCAUCAGCACCGACCGCAGCAUCCACACCUCCGCACGCAGCAUCCACACCUCCAGCUGGGAUCUGGAGCGACCCGGAGGAGUGAAAUCUGCUGUUGAUUCGGUGUCCUUCAGCGUGUGGGACAUUGGCGGCCCGGCCAGCAUGUCGACGGUAAACCAGUGUUUCUUCACGGAUAAGGCUCUGUUUAUGGUGAUCUGGAAUCUGGCUUUGGGAGAGGAAGCCGUGGCCAACCUGCAGUCCUGGCUGCUCAGCAUCGAGGCUCGUGCUCCUAACUCUGCUGUCAUCGUCGUUGGGACGCAUCUGGACCUCAUAGACACUAAGUUUCGUAUGGAGCGCGUGGCCACACUGAGGGCCUACAUCCUGGCACUUUGCAGAACCCCCUCGGGCGCACGGGCCAGUGGAUACCCCGACAUCACACUGAAACACCUCCAUGAGGUGUCGUGUAAGACGCUGGAAGGCAUGGACGUGCUCAAGAGGAUGUUGUUUCAGGUUGUUUGCUCCAUGAGGGACAUCAGCAACCCUGCUAGCUGUCACAAACUCGUGGGAAGACUGAUCCCCAAAAGUUACCUGACCCUGCAGGAGGCCAUAAAAGCAGAACGUCUGAGGAGAGACGAAGCCGAUGAGGUCCAGUACCUGACGGACUCAGAACUGGAGCAGAUCAUUGAGCAGAGUCCUGCCAGCGAUAUCAAAGAUUACGAGGAUCUGCAGACAUCAAUUAACCUCCUCAUCGAGACCGGCACCAUACUGCAUUUCUCCGACACCAGUCAUGGCCUGUGUAAGCUCUACUUCCUGGAUGCCGUGUGGCUGUCCGAGUGUUUUGAGCGGAUCAUCAGCCUGAGGGGCUCGCGCUCGGUCGCUCGUCUCCUCGUCGCUCGUAACGGGGUCAUCAAGGCCGAGGACCUGCGCAUGCUGCUGGUGGGCACCGGCUUCACCCAGCAAACAGAAGAACAGUACUUCCAGUUCCUGGCUAAGUUUGAGAUCGCUCUACCAGUCGCCAGCAACAGUUAUCUGUUGCCCCACCUUUUGCCCCCCAAACCUGCCCUGGACAUCCACGGCUUUCGGCACCAGAGCAACAACUCCAUUCAGAGGCAUUUUAAGAUGAGCUUCGUUCCUGCGGGAUUCUGGGAGCGCUUUAUAGCCAGGAUGCUAAUUAGUUUAAGCCAGAUGGAUGUGCAGGCAUUCGAGACCAAAAAGGUCACGAAGAACCCGAGGAACCACAGUACGGUGAUCUACAGCUUUGCGGGGAACCAGCAGCGCAAUCGCUGCAGCACUUUCCGCGUCCGGCGCAGUCAGACCAUCUACUGGAAAGAAGGGCUGCUAGUCACCUUUGACGGUGGAUAUCUGAGCGUGGAGUCGUCUGACCUGAACUGGAAGAAGAAGAAAAGCGGAGGCAUCAAGAUCAUCUGUCAGUCUGAGACGAGGGAUUUCUCAGCGAUGGCUUUCAUCACCGAUCACGUUAACUCUCUCAUAGAGCAGUGGUUUCCUGCGCUGACGGGCAGUGAGAGUGACGGCUCUCGUCUCAUUGAGCAGUACGCGCCCUGUCCGUACUGCAGCUCCAGGCCCCGAGGGUCCGACCCACUGCCUCUGUCCGGCUCCAGCAACAGCACCGUCCACUACUUCAACAUGGAGGACUGCGUCCUGGCAGCCGUGGACAAGGAGCACAUCACCUGCCCCAACCACCCCAAACCCGUCCCGCUACAGGAGCUGGUGCCCGAGCUCUUCAUGACCGACUUCCCUUCACGUUUGUUCCUGUUGAAGAGUGACCUGCAGUGGAGUGAAGAUGCAGCAGAUGUCCUGGGACAGGGUGGCAGCGGCACCAUCAUCUACAGAGCCAAAUACAGAGGCCAUCCGGUGGCCAUUAAACGCUUCCACUUCAAGAAAUGCAAACAGCAGUCGCUCAACAACAGCACAGACACCAUGAUGAAGCACCUGCAGUCGAUGGACGCGGCCCGCAGCUUCUCAGAGUUUCGGCAGGAGGCCAGCAUGCUCCACUCCCUGCAGCACCCGUGUAUCGUGGCUCUGGUGGGCAUCAGCAUCCACCCGCUCUGCUUCGCCCUGCAGCUGGCGCCGCUGGGCAGCCUCAACACCAUCCUGGAGGAGCGAGCCAAAGGUUCUCAGUACGUGCCGCUGGGUCACAUGCUCACCUUCAAAGUGGCCUAUCAGAUCAUCACAGGCCUGGCGUAUCUGCACAAGAAGAACAUCAUCUUCUGUGACCUCAAGUCUGACAACAUCCUGGUGUGGUCUCUGGAGCUGGAGGACUCGGUGGACAUGUUCUCAUACGGCAUGGUCCUGUAUGAGCUGCUGUCCGGCCGCAGACCAUGCAUGGGUCAGCACCAGCUGCAGAUCGCUAAGAAACUGUCUAAAGGACUCAGACCGGCGCUGGGCAGCCCAGAGGAGGUGCAGUUUCACUGUCUGCACACGCUGAUGCAGGAGUGCUGGGACACCAAACCAGAGAAGCAUAAACACGUCCGCGAUCCCAGUUUUGCUUGUCUCAGGUACCUAGAUCCCCCAGUUUUUGCUUGGGGGUCUCAGGGAUACCUGCUGCCCUGCCAGGAACACAGUCAGCUCUUCUUGUCCCCGCUGCAGGGACACAACGCCGUCUUCUGGGAUGGAAACAAAGACGACAGGAAUUACACAGUGGUAAACUUGGCCAAGGGGCAGGUGGAGGUGGAGCGGAUGCCAUGCCCGGGAACUCGUCUGAGCUGCCAAAUGAAGAUGGAGAACAGCCUGUGGACGGCCACUGAGGAACAGGAAGUCUUUAUCUACAGCCUGAAAGAGAUGUGUCCCUUGAGUCACCCGCAGAAACUGCUCUCCUGUCCGGCUGUGGUAACCUGUCUCUUUUUACUGCCCGCCAGGAAAGAGUCUCUCCCGCAGAUGUUUGCUGGCAUGUCUGACGGUCUCGUGGUGGUGUAUUCUCUGGUGGAUGACAUGCCUGUAGAAGGUGAGACUUACAUCUGCUCGCACACCAUUAACAAGCAUCUGCUGAACAUGGAGGACUCUGACCCUCGGCAGCGACCGUACGCCGUGUGCAGCAUCGUACCGGUGCGCACCGGAUCAGAGGUGUGGUACACCAACGGCCCCGGCGUGCUGGUCAUCGACAGCCUGGCGCUUCAGCCCAUCCGCCGGCUCGACCCGUACCUCCCGCCGUCCUGCGUGGUGUCCAUGGUCUCGUCUGCCAGCUGCUGGGGCGACGAGGCCGUCUGGUGCCUGGACGAUCACACUAACACACUUCUGAUGUAUCACGCCGCCAGCUACCAGAUCUGUGCUACAUACAACUGCAGCGACGCCAACCCGCUGCGGGACGUUUUCCUCGUGCAAAGGCCGUCCGGGGUUAUGACACCUGUGACCCCUGUUCCUGACAUAGAUGAAGAGUCUCUUCCGGCCGCCCUGGAGCCGGUGAAGGUGACGGUCACACACAGCGAGGACGCAGGAACACAGAUCUUGUGCCAGCAGGACUCGCUGGAUUACUGCUCCAUGACGUCCUCCGGCUUCAGCUCGGAGCAGCUGGAUCAGAUCGGCCAUUUCCCUCACGUGGAGCGCUCCAGUUCGGGAGCCCUCAGCUCUCUGACCAGCUCCGGCAGCAUGCCUUUAUCCACGGACUUCGAGGAGACGGACAGACCGCCGGACGAGCUGGUUUCACCUGUAUCAUGUCCAUCCAUGAGAGCUACGGAUCCAGAACUAGCGGCUCAAAGCCACACACCAGCGCAGCUGAAGGCCUUGAACAUCAUUCCUGUCAACAGCAGCAUCUGGGUGCCCAGGCGUGGAGGAGACAUCAUGGUGAUCGAGGUGCAGGAGCAGGCGGGUUCGCUCAGGGGUCGUGUGAUCGCUGUGUUGACGGUGCCUGGAGUGUCCGAGUAUGGGACUCUGGCGGAGGCGGCGCUCGUCGCAAAGGACACCGUUGUGUGCGGCUUCCAGAAAGAAAACAUGGCCUGGUGCCUGGCUGUCUGGAGGAGCUGGGGAGGCCGCGAUCUCGAGCUCUUCUACCAGGGAUACGAGGAGCUCGGCCGCUUGGAGAGCAGUCUGAGGAAAAGGAGGUAGCUGUGUAAACAUGUGUGUGUGUGUGAGACGGAGAAUCGACGUUCUGUGCGGCGCUCACAGAUACAGGUGUUGAACGUGGUUACAGGAGCAACUGGAGGGAAUACACACACACACGGACUGUAAUCCUGCAGGACUUGGCCACAUACACAUUUCAUACACAUAUAUAUAUAUAUAUAUAUAUAUAUAUAUAUAUA